AUGACGUACGAAUUAAAUGAAUUAAUCGAAAGUUUUUCAUUUAUAGAUGCUCAAAAACCGGAGGACGGUCCUUACCGAGGUAAGUAUAUAGGGAAAUUCAACUCCUACCACCAUCAAGCAUCCGGCGAUGUGUACGCGGUGGACGAAUACACCUUCCUGGUGACGGGUUUCAACUACGACGGCAAUGGAGUCGACACGUUCUUCUGGUCCGGCGCCAGCAACCGCCCCGGACCGCAAGGGUUCAUAGUGCCGAAUGAGUACGGCAAAACCAACAUCCUAGAACGGUACUUCAACAAAGACUUCACGCUGCGACUGCCGGACAACAAAAAAAUCACUGAAGUCAAGUGGUUGGCCGUGUACGAUCUGAAUUCGCAGAACAACUUUGCUGAUGUGUAUAUACCGGAAGAUUUUGAACCUCCGGUAACGCAGAAAGCGGGAAGUCUAUCCCGCAACAGCCAUGCGGUGAGUAGCGAAGGAAUCGACAUCAUGGAUUCCAAAACGAUCCGUAUUACUGAGUUCAACUACGACGGCAAAGGGAAGCAGGUGCAGUUUUGGGUUGGCGUUGGACCGUCUCCUUCGUCCAAGGGUAGCAAGGUGCCCGAUGAGAUGGGAUAUUUGGACCCGAUAAGAGCCUACGAUAAGGAAACGAUCACGCUUGAGUUGCCAGGGGACAUGACAAUCUUCGAUAUCGAUUGGUUUUCGGUGUACGACGUAGAAACCAAAGAAGAUUGUGGAUCGAUUCUGAUUUCGGAUGACCUCAACGUCCCGCCAUCCUUGGUUAAGGUCACACCGCAUGCCGAAUCGUUGCCAAACUGUCGUCAACUUCACAAAGAUUAUCGGGUUUCCUGGGAGGUAUUCGGGCCGCAGGUCACUAUUCAAUUGGCCGGAAACGUGAAGCAGGAUGAAUAUAUGGCCUUUGGAAUUAGCGGAUCGGAUACAAAAAGUCAAAUGCAAGGCGCUGAUGUCGUAGUUGCUUUCAUCGAAGGGCACCAGGGAUAUGCUGUAGAUUACAACAUAACAUCAUUGGCACCUUGUGUCCAAGUCCUCGGACAAAAUAAAGGUGUUUGCAGGGAUGACGUGGUUGGUGGACAGGAUAGCUUUCAGCUACAUACAUUCGGGCGAGAAAACGGAAUCAACACGAUCACUUUCAGGCGCAUGUUGAUUUCGCCGGACAAUGGGGAUAAAGAAUUCCUGCUAGAUCGCCCUAUGUACAUGAUCUGGGCGAUGGGACGACUGGAUUCCAACAACGAACCUACCUAUCACGAUGUUUACCCUAAGCGGGACAUUGUGAUGUCGUUCAACACCUCGGAACCGGUGAAUGACUGCUUCAGUUUUACUCGAUCGGAAGUCAACCUGAAGGAUGUUUGGGAGCGUACGCAGAUAUUCGAUCGAUCGAUUCGUUCAUUUUCGGCAACACUCGGUCCCGCUGGUGGCAAACGGGCUUACCAGGGUAUCACCGGACAUGUAUCCAAUGGGCUUGCAUGGUACAUUAAUGGUUUUAUGGUGCCUGAGCUGUGGCUACGUCGGGGUUUGACCUAUUCGUUCAAGGUUCGCGGAGGCAACAACCCUCAUUCGCCGGAGUUCUAUCACCCGCUAGUCAUAACAGAUGAACCUCGCGGGGGUUUCGAUCGUCUUUCGGACGCAAAGCAGAGCGAAAUUAGAGUUUUGGCUGGGGUAGAGUUUACUCGUCGAGGUCGCCCAAAACCUACUGCUGCUGGACCUCUAUGCCUGGCCCGACAUCCGGACGGUCAGGAUCGCCGGUUGGACGACAACUUCGCCACCUUCAAGAAGUUCAAUCGGACGCUACGGUGGAGCUGCGAUUCUGGCGAUCCAGCUAUUCUGGAAAUCACACCGAAUUCGAGUUGGCCGGAUGUGGUGUACUAUAACAGUUUCACGCACGCCAACAUGGGCUGGAAGAUUCAUAUCGUCGACAGUUAUAGUAAUUCAGCGCGAAGUGGCACCGACCGAAUGCAAGGGAACUUAAGACUGCUGAUAGGGAGUACGGUGAUAAUGAUGGCAGUGUCCAUUUCCCGACGACUGUUUUCUGAGAUUUGUUGAAAGAGAUAGCGGGUUCGCUGUGGUAGCGUUUAGUGUGAUCGUAGUUUUGCAGAAGCGUGUAUUGUAUUGUCAGUUCAUAUAAAAGAUGUUACUAACAAUUA